AUGCCCAAAUCCUCAAUUAAACCUCCCCCUACCCCUCCCCCUGUGUCUCGUGAGUUAAACUCUGAGUCAUCUUACCAUAUAUCUUUUGAUCCCCUUUCAUUUCCCCCUCUUACCGCUGAAAAUUGGGAGUCUCCAAAGCGCAAGUCAAAACAGUUUUUUAAACAUUCUUCCCUUCCCCCUCCAAAGCCUGGCCUUUCAAACCCUUUUGCUCCUCUCUCCUUUUCAUCAACUCUUAAACCUCCCCUCCCCCCCCACCUUCCUUUGUCCUCCCUCCAAAGCUCCACUUCUCCUCCAUCCCUUGUCCCCCAAGACUCUUGUCCUCCUGCUCCAUCUCUUCCUUUUGACCCGCCCAUCCCCUCCUCCUCUUCCCAUUCCCCUCCUGCUAGUUUGGUUCCCGACUCCCCUCCUAUGGGUUCUCUCCCCUCACAGGGAGUGACUCCCAAAGGUAUAAACGACUCGACGAAGCACCACCCUUUUGCUCAAUGGCUUUCGUCUCAACAGCCACUGAUUGGUGCCCUUUUGGAGACUCGCAUAAAGGAACCAAACUUGAAUCAGUUACUCUCUAUUUUUUGCCCCGGAUGGAACUACAUCUCAAACCAUAACACCGAUGAAGAUGGGAGGAUAGUCAUCAUAUGGAAGCCUUCUGUCACUGUCCAAGAAAUCCACCAGACUCGCCAAUCCCUCACUUGUAAGGUUACUCUACAGUCGGGUCAAACUUUCUUCUUCUCUGCUAUCUACGCUUCAAACCUUAGAGAGGAGAGACUUGAUCUUUGGAACUCGUUGAUUGAAAUCCAACAAACUUACUAUCUUGAGGAUCAGAGUUGGCUAAUUGGAGGGGAUCUUAAUCAGAUAAUUCAUCAUGCGGAGCAUUCCUCCCCCUCGGUGAACCAUCUCACUGCCGAUAUGGUGGAGCUGAGCGACUUUUUCCUGGAUUUGGGGGUUGAGGACCUGAGAUUCCAGGGAAAUUCUCGCACUUGGACAAACAAAAGGCCUGAAAACCCUGUCACUAAAAAGCUUGAUCGAGCCUUGGUUAACUUACAGUGGAUCAGUAACUUCCCUGACAGCAUAGCCACUUUUCUACCCCAUGAUUUCUCUGAUCACUCUCCCUGCAUUGUAAACCUAGCCUGCCCCCUUCCCUCAUCGGGUACUAAGCCGUUCAAAUUUUUUAACCACCUCACUAGCCAUCCCGAUUUCCUUGUUUCGACUGAGGUACAGUGUGUAGCAGCGUCUCGCGCUUCUCAAAACUCUAUCAGGUCUAUCACACUCUUGGAUGGAACGGUGAUCACCGACCCUGACCUUAUCAGUUCGGCUGCCAUCGCUCAUUUUCAAGCUAUCCUGGCGCCUAACUCCUUGCCUGCGGUAUCGGUGUCUUAUCAGUGGCUGCAGCAAUUACACUCCUUUUCAUGCUCAUCUCAUCACCGUCAGUUGAUGUCUACUGCUCCGACUUUUGCAGAAAUUGCAAAUGUUUUGAAGAAGUUGAAUCCAAGCAAAUCUCCGGGUCCCGAUGGGUUCACUUCUGCCUUCUUCAAAAAAGCAUGGUCAAUUGUGGGUUCUGAGUUCUUGCAGGCUAUAUCUCAGUUCUUCAUCUCGGGUUUCAUGCCGCGCUCUACAAACUCAACCAUUUUGACACUGAUUCCGAAAAAGCCAGGAGCCACUUCGAUGGGGGAUUAUAGGCCUAUCUCCUGUUGCAACACUACCUACAAGACCAUCUCGAGACUAUUAGUUAAGAGACUCAAGCUGAUACUGCCGGGUUUCAUUUUGCCUAACCAAACAGCUUUCGUCCAGGGUAGACUGUUGAUUGAGAAUACUUUGUUGGCUUCGGAGAUAGUGCAGGGGUAUCAUGGCAAAGGGGGACAAAAGAGGAUAACGAUCAAGGUUGAUAUCGCAAAGGCAUUCGAUACUGUCAGAUGGGAAUUUCUUUUUGCCUGCUUGCGGAGCUACAACAUCCCUGAACCGUUGAUUCGAUGGCUGCAGGCUUGUGUAUGUACACCGUCUUUCUCUGUCGCUUUUAAUGGCUCUACUUAUGGGUAUUUCAAGGGCAAGAGGGGCCUCAGACAGGGAGAUCCUCUCUCUCCUUACUUGUUUGUGCUGGUGAUGAACUGUCUCUCCCUGGCGCUAGAUAGAGCUGCAGCUUCGGGUUUGUUCCACUAUCAUCCUCGAUGUGAAAGAACUAAACUAACCCAUCUCUCUUUUGCUGAUGAUCUGCUAAUUUUCUCGGAUGGCUCUCUCUCUUCUGUUCAAGCAAUCUUGAGUGUGCUGAAAGAUUUUGAGUUACGAUCGGGACUGGCGAUAAGUAUUCAGAAAACGUCUCUCUUUGCGGCGGGUUUGACUGACAGUGAGGUGCAGAGCAUAAGGGAUCAUACAGGCUUAUCUUCUGGGGUCCUCCCAAUCAGGUACCUGGGUGUUCCUUUGCACACAAAGAAAAUAUCACAAGCUCAAUGUGCGCCCCUACUUCAAUCGAUCAAAACGAAACUGCGGUCCUGGACAGUGAAGAAACUCACCUACGCUGGGAGACUCCAAUUGGUCACCUCUGUUAUAAAUGGAAUCACUAACUUUUGGACCAGCUCCUUCAUUGUGCCAAAGAGUGUUAUUCGAGAGAUAGAUUCCUUAUGUGCAAAAUUCUUAUGGAAAGGCGACAUCACCGCUACUUCGUCGUCAGCAAAGGUCGCUUGGGAAUCCUGCUGCCACUCAAAGGGUGAGGGAGGUCUUGGGCUGCGAAAUUUGGACGCAUGGAACUUGGCGUGUGCUCUUAAGAUGAUCUGGUUGCUUUUCUUUGUUAAGGAAUCGAUUUGGUCUAUGUGGUUUAAGGAGGAAAUCCUAGAGGGGAAUCUCGAAAUGUUUUGGGUCAUUAACACGAGACAGAAACAUUCUUGGUUGGUGAAUCAGCUGCUCGAAGCUAGAGGUAUCAUCUACCCCUGGAUCAAGAAGCAGGUGCAUAAUGGAGAAACCUGCUACUUUUGGACUACAAACUGGUCUCCUUACGGUAACCUUAAAGAGUACCUCGGUGCAACUGCUUCACUGCGAUUCCCUAUCAGCGCAAGAGCAACACUCGCAGAACUGUGGGACAAUGGAGAUUGGAUUCUGCCAAACGCCCGCAGCGACCGCCAAUUACAGGUUAUUUCUUAUCUCUCAACAAUCACCAUUACUGAGUUUGUUGAUGAGCUUGAGUGGUGGCCUGGGAACCAAAAGGAAUUGAGAUACCAAACGGGUGCUAUUUAUAAUAUGCUUCGUCCUCAUGGCGCUACGGUCUCCUGGCACAAUGAGGUGUGGUUCUCAGGAGGGAUCCCAAAGCAUAUGUUUUUGGUUUGGUUGAUGGUCAGGAACAGAUGUCCCACGCGUGACAGAUUACUAAGUUGGGGACUUCAAACGGAUUCCCGCUGUUUACUCUGCAACGUAGCAGAUGAGUCAAUCGCCCACUGUUUCUUUGAAUGUAGCGUGGCAUGGGAAAUUUGGAAAACUAUAGCGGUGAGAUGCAACUUCAAUUCGGCUAGGCAGUGGGCAGCUAUCCUACCUCAACUCAAGUGCCACUCAACAAACAAGACCCAAAAGACUUUGCUCCUUUUGUGCUGGCAGGCAACGCUUUAUAUCUUAUGGACAGAGAGGAAUAACCGACUUCACAAUGCUCAAUCAACUUCUCCGCCGGGACUUAUUGCAAAAAUCAAACUGGUGGUAAAAAACAGGAUCUCUAGCCUAAGGAUCGACAGACCCAAAUUCUCCUCUUCUCUUCUUCAAUUAUGGUUCUCUACCUGA